UCGGACGAACCCCCUAUUGUAGCUGCAAAAAAGUUUUAGAUUAGCUCCUGUCAUGAAGAACAGCACUGCAAAAGAAGGAUUAACAUUUUGGCAACAGCGAGAAGCACAGAUAAGCCAUUUUAGCUGAGUCAGCACAUGGCUGAGAUGCGUAAAUUAAUACCACGCCUACCAACCACGCCUAUUUUACUCAAAAUUUUCGCUGCGCGCUGCGCGCGCAGCAAUUUCCGAACCCCCUAUUUUAAGUUCCUGGCUACGGCCCUGAUAACAUAGGCUUUGUAAUACUGAUAAAACAAAUUACAUGAUUGCUGAGAUAGUCCUUUAUACAGCGUUUUAUGAGAAUCUGUACAACAAGCUGGGAUCACAUUACAACAGUAGAAUCUGUAUACGAUACUGCUUGUAACAUGAUGAUAGAUAAUGUACUCAGUCACCACACCACAAAUUAAUGUUCUCCAGACUAUAUAAAUCUACAGACCAAUUUUUCUGCAGGCUCAGAAUUCGAGUAGGAGCUAGUUACGUUCCAUAGAUAAUAUAUAUCUUAUAUAUACCAGGCUACCUAGCUCCGCCCAGUAGACACGUGGUAAAAUGCUUCUCUUAAAAAGUUUUCUAAUCUCUAUCGCUUCUUCUAAAAUGGCUGAGGUCCCUGCCAAGAAGUUUUGCUCUAGUCUAGGCAGAGAAAUAAAAAUAGCUGUCGAAGGAAACAUUGCCGCGGGUAAGUCAACUUUCCUUAAAAUACUCGAGUCUCAUUCAACUGGUUAUCAUGUGAUUGGGGAGCCUUUGAGCCGCUGGACUAAUAUACCAUCAGAUGACGAGGAUGUUACAAGUUCCCAGCAGUACGGCAGUAACCUCUUAGAUAUGUUUUAUAAAGAUCCUAAACGUUAUGCUUAUACCUUUCAGACUUAUGCUUGUUUAAGUCGUUUAAGAGCUCAGUUACGGGAUAUUCCCCAACACCUUCAAAGUAUACCUAAUCCUGUUAUAUUUUAUGAACGAUCAGUUUACAGUGACAAAUUUUGUUUUGCUCAGAAUUGUCAUGAAAGUGGUCUCAUUAAUGACGUGGAGUGGUCCGUCUACUGUGAUUGGCAUUCAUUUCUAAUUAAAUAUCUUCAUCUGGAGUUUGAUGGAUUUAUAUAUCUUAAGUCAACUCCCGAAGUUGCAAUGAAAAGACUCAAGAAAAGAGACAGACCAGAGGAACGUGGGGUUACAUUGGAUUACUUGCAGAGUCUUCAUGAUAAGCACAAUAACUGGCUGAUUGACAACAAAACAAAGCUAUUGCCCUCAGUACUACAGAGUGAUGUGCCAGUCCUAGUCAUUGACUGCGAUGAAGACUUUGAGGACAGCCAAGAGAACCAAAAGGAAAUAUUAGGAAAAGUUGACAAUUUCAUUGACUCGAUUUUAAAAGCGACCAAUGAUACAUGACAAUGAUGAUUAUCAUUAUUAUUCUUUUUUGUUGUUUAUUCCACUAUACUAAUUAAUUAUUCAU